AUGAUUGGAAUUGGCCUUAAUUGGUGGCAAUCCAUCGUCGUCAUUUUCGUAUCGCAAAUGAUUUCCUCGAUCGCCAUGGCCUUCAAUUCCCGCGCCGCGAGCGUGUAUCACAUCGGAUUCCCUUGCGUCGCUCGAAGCGUCUUCGGAAUGUGGGGAAGUUACUACUUUGUCGGUGCGCGAGCAGUUCUAGCUGUAAUUUGGUAUUCAGUGCAAAUGUAUUAUGGCGCUGAGUACAUGCACAAUAUGCUACGAGCGAUCUUUGGACACAAUUUCACCAACAUACCCAAUGCACUUCCGGCCAGUGCGGGGAUCACCACUUCUCUCAUGCUGGCAUUUUUCCUAAGCUGGCUUGUUCAUCUUCCAUUUUGUUAUUUCCGGCCAUAUCAAUUGCGAAAGUUCUUCUGGUUCAAGACAAUCGUUUCAUUGCCAUCUAUGUUUGGUUUGUUCAUUUGGGCCAUGGUUAAUACGAAUGGCAAAAUUGGGAGCUUGUAUAGCGUUUCCUCGCGAUCGUCGAGUGCUACUGCUUGGCUGAUUCUUGCUGGAAUUAACAGUGGCAUGGGAAACACUGCAACCUUGAUCACCAAUCAACCGGAUUAUGCUCGCUGGGCCAAAUCGCGUGGUGCACCUAUCUGGACGCAGCUUACAAAGGCUAACGGUACCAGGAAUCAAUGGGAUAUGAUGAGCCUGAUCCUGGACGAGUACUGGUCCUCAAAGACGAGAUUUGCCGUUUUCCUCUGUGCUUUCGCAUGGUUCGUCCAGAUCCUCGGAACCAACAUCGCGGCAAAUAUGAUGUCCUUCGGCGCCGACUCAGCCAUGUUGUUCCCCUCUUUCCUAAACAUCCGUCGUGGACAGUUCAUUGUCCAGUUUCUUGCUUGGGCGGCCUGCCCCUGGAAGAUCAUGACAUCCGCAGCCAAGUUCCAGACUUUCCUCGGUGGAUACGGUCUCUUUAUGGCGAGUGUUGUUGCCAUUAUGGUCUGCGACUAUUUCUGUCUAACGGGUGGCAACAUAACCACUGCUUCACUAUUCGUCCCCACAAAAGCGAAUAAAAACUAUUGGUACCACGGCGGAGUAAAUAUCCAAGCCGUGAUAGCCUACCUGAUUGGAAUCGCACUCCCCUUUCCAGGAUUUUGCGGUGAGCUCGGCGCCAAAGUCUCCAGUUCAGCGGCACACAUCAUGGAUAUUGCGUGGCUGACCGCAUUUGCGGUAUCAUUCGUGUCUUAUUACGUGAUUUGCACGUUCUGGCCAACAUCCAGCAUCCGUGAAGUGAAGGAGAGGAAUUUGACACGCGAACAGCUGGCCCCUGAAGAUGAUUAUUACGACGCUGCUAUUACAAAAGAUGAGGAGAUUACGGGUGCUGCCAUUUCCUCGGGCAGAUUCUAUGGACAUGAGGGCAAUGAUAUCCCCAAGGCCUUUUCAGAGAGGAAGUUUCCGGUCGAAUGA